AAAUUCCCGACUCAACCAUCGUAACGGCAGCAAGCGAUCCGGGCGGGGCGGUGGUCCGCGGCAGGGGAAAAAGGCAUAUGCCACGGCCCGCCUCGUCAAUUAUUCUCUUCUCCUCUUCCCCUCGUCGACCCGCAAGCGAAGUCCAGUCCUGCAGGCUGCAGCACGCCUCGGCGCAGAGAAGGGAGAAGAGAACCGAUUCGAUUCCCCCGUCUCCGCCCGUCUGCUGUAUUUCGCCCACUAGACGCCCUCUCUCGAUUUUUUUUUUCUUCUUCUUCCGCGGCCACUGCCCAGUCCAUCACGUCGCCGUCGUCCUCUCCCAGUGGCGCUCCCCGUCGUUGCUUCGGCGUCGCGCCUCGGUGGUGCUCGCGCGGGGGCUACGCGUCCCGUCCCCGUGCUUCCACGCGCCGCCGCCUCCUCCUCCUUCUCCUCGCUGCGUGGACUCGAAGGCGAGGCGGGAGGCCGGGUUUGGAGGAAGGAUAGGGGGCACGGCACGGGUGGGAGUAGUAGACGCCAAGGACGAGGGGAGCCGGCGGUGUAUAAUUCGCGCGGUGGGGGCGUGCUGAGUUGGGGGAUCGGUGGUGGUGGUGGUGACAGCCAGCAUAUGAGUAGUAGGAUGGGGGAGGCAGCUGCAGAUACGACGGCGCCGCUGCUUCUGCAGGUGGAGGAGGCGGACGCCGAGUGGAGCUCCAGGCCACAUCGCAUUGCUCUCUUCGUCGAGCCUUCGCCUUUCGCUUACAUCUCUGGGUACAAGAACCGGUUCCAGAAUUUCAUCAAGCAUCUACGAGAGAUGGGCGACGAGGUUUUGGUCGUCACCACACACAAAGGAGCCCCCGAAGAGUUCCAUGGAGCGAAGGUCAUUGGCUCGUGGAGCUUCCCAUGUCCACUGUACCAAAAUGUUCCACUCUCGUUGGCGUUGAGCCCCAGAAUAUUUUCUGCGGUGACAAAGUUCAAACCAGAUAUAAUCCAUGCUACUUCACCUGGAAUUAUGGUUUUUGGGGCUCUUGCUAUCGCGAAGAUGAUUUCGGUUCCAAUGGUGAUGUCUUAUCACACACAUCUUCCAGCGUACUUACCAGGAUACAAUUUAAAUUGGUUACUUGGGCCCACUUGGAGUCUCAUAAGAUGCCUCCACAGGUCUGCAGAUCUUACUCUAGUUCCUUCAGUAGCUAUUGCCGAGGAUUUUGAAACUGCUAACGUAGUAUCAGCAAACAGAAUACGCCUUUGGAACAAGGGUGUUGAUUCUGAAAGCUUCCAUCCUAAAUUUCAGAGGCAUGAAAUGCGUAUCAAGUUGAGUGGCGGUGAACCAGAAAAACCAUUGAUAGUACAUGUGGGCCGUUUUGGGCGCGAAAAGAAUUUGGAUUUUCUGAAGAGGGUUAUGGAAAGGCUCCCUGCAGCAAGAAUUGCUUUUGUUGGAGAUGGACCAUACAGGGCUGAGCUAGAAAAAAUGUUCACAGGCAUGCCUGCAGUUUUCACCGGAAUGCUCCAGGGCGAGGAACUCUCACAAGCGUACGCCAGUGGGGACGUAUUUGCAAUGCCUUCCGAGUCCGAGACCCUUGGGCAAGUAGUGCUGGAGUCCAUGGCUUCUGGAGUCCCAGUUGUCGCUGCUCGUGCUGGAGGAAUUCCUGAUAUAAUACCCAAGGACAAGGAGGGUAAGACCAGCUUCCUGUUCACACCUGGUGAUCUCGACGAGUGUGUAAGGAAGAUUGAACAGCUCCUCUUCUCCAAGGACCUCAGAGAAUCCAUAGGAAGGGCUGCCAGGGAAGAGAUGGAGAAUUGCGACUGGAGAGCAGCCUCGAAGACAAUACGCAAUGAGCACUACAGCACUGCGACGACGUACUGGCGGAAGAAGACGGGCAAAACUGGGUAGGCUGUGAUUGCUCACCUAGACCCUGUUUCCGCUCUGCCCUCCUGGUUACUGUUAUACAGUAUAACUUCAGAGUUUGUACAUUGUACUCAGCAGCCUGUGAAUUUGUGUGGGUAGCUGCCUUCAUAUCUGCAGACUUAUGGAUGACUGACCAACCGCUUGUAUUCAAUUCUUGUACAUUACAAAGCUCUUUGAAAUUUAGCCAUUCCAUCGUA